UAAAAGCGCUUUUCAACACUUUUUAGUCAGCUGUUUCUGCAUAAACAUUAUUGUUUAUUUUAUUUUCCCUUAUCAUUUUGUGUUAUUAUGUUGAAAAGCAGCAAUAUUGAUAGUGUCCUCAAUGAACUGCCUGAACAGGCAGAAACAAAAGUGGAUCCUCCAACCACCAACUCUCCAAAGUCAUCACCGAAACCAAACACCGAAACUACAAGUUCCUCCAAGCACCAGGAUAUAGAUUGCGGUCUAGCCUCUUUGCAACUGUCUGCCGGCAUUUUGCAAAUCGCAGAACCACCGCUGGACCAUGUGCGAUCACAGCUCAGAGAACUUAUUGGAAGGCAAAACAAGAUAUACAUUGACUUGUCCAAGGAGAAGUACAAAUUGGAUUGCAGCGAAGUGGCAAAGCUAAAUGACAUGAUGAACGAUGUGAGGCGAUACAAAGAUAAGCUGAUAAAAAUCAAAAAGGAAAUGCAGAGCAUCUACCAGCGCACCAAAGAUUUGAAGAAACGAGCCGCAAACGUGGCGGCCUGCAAGCAGCGCGAUUACCAACGGAAACUUGACAGGCAACACCACGAGGAGUCGCUCAUCGGCGGCCAGUAGCUGCAGUGGAGCAGUGGAGGACUGCAUUUACAUUGGGAUUCCCGUUAACAACUAGCUAACAACUUAAUACAAACAAUAGUUGAACAAUAUAGUAAUAAUACAAUAAUAAUAUUUAAGAGUUGAGUAUCGUAUGCCUGCGAUAGGUUGGAAAACAUUGUUACAUUGUAUAUUUUUUAUAUAAUUAAGUAAAAUACUUUAGAGAUUUUUCAGAGAAGGAUACAUGCACCCAGCAACAGGAAGUCAAUAGCCAAUCGAAUACAAUUAUCUACCAAUAAAUGCAUUAAAAAUA